AUCCAGACUUCUUUAUGGUGAUGGCAGGUGUGCCACCUGCACCGGCAAAGGGUCAGGUUUAUGUGGGACGUGGAGCGGUGACAAAAGAGAGAAGGAAAGUGUUUGAAAGUAAUUUAUCUUCUGAAAAGGAAUAGUGCGCUGACUUCUACAUGGUCAAAGGGCAUUUCUCUCAAGACAUGCUAGUCCGUUGAUUUUAAGAUUGGUUGAACAAACAAUGGGAAAGUCAUACGUUUGGCAGAAUUAUGGUCAGAGUUUUUCUGCUCACUCUAGAUGUUUCUCUGUUAUCUGCUGCGACUCAGGGGAAAAGAAAAAUGCAUUCUCCCUGGACAAAUAGUUUUGAUUUAUUGGCCCUGAAUGCGCUUUAGGUGGAUCGUCAGAUUUCAAAGAUUUAACACGACAAAGAAUCGUUUGAUGCUAAAACUAUAAAUAGGGAAGCCGACGCUUCCUGUUCUCUCCCGAGAAGGAGGUGGAGGUGGAAGUGGAGCCCGGCAUCCGAGGCCCUGAAAUAGUCACCAUGGGGGAAAACGACCCUCCCGCUGCUGAAGCCCCUUUCUCCUUCAGAUCGCUCUUCGGCCUGGACGAUUUGAAAAUAAGUCCCGUCGCACCAGAUGCUGACGCGGUCGCUGCCCAGAUCCUGUCUCUGCUGCCUCUGAAGUUCUUCCCCAUCCUUGUCGUUGGGAUAAUCGCCUUGAUAUUAGCCUUGGCCAUUGGGCUGGGCAUCCACUUUGACUGCUCUGGCAAGUACCGGUGCCGGUCGUCUUUCAAGUGUAUUGAACUGGCGGCUCGAUGCAACGGGGUCGCCGACUGCAGGGAAGGGGAGGACGAGUACCGAUGCGUCCGCGUGAGCGGUCGGAACGCUGCGCUCCAGGUGUUCACUGCUGCCGCCUGGAGGACCGUGUGCUCCGAGGACUGGAAGGCUCACCACGCAUCUGUCGCCUGUGCCCAGCUGGGGUUUCCAAGCUAUGUGAGUUCAGACACCCUCAGAGUGGACCUGCUUGAGGAGCCGUUCCGGGAGGACUUCGUUUCCAUCAACCACCUCCUGCCGGACGACAAAGUGACCGCCCUCCACCACGCGGUGUAUGUGAGGGAAGGAUGUGCCUCGGGUCACGUGGUUACCUUGACGUGCUCAGCCUGCGGUCGGAGAAUGGGCUCCAGCCCGCGUAUCGUAGGUGGAAAUGCGUCCUCACUGGCACAGUGGCCCUGGCAGGCCAGCCUGCAGUUCCAGGGCUACCACUUGUGCGGGGGAUCCGUCAUCACCCCCGUGUGGGUGGUCACCGCUGCCCACUGUGUUUACGAUCUCUACCUCCCCAAAUCCUGGACCAUCCAGGUGGGCCUGGUGUCCCUGCUGGACAGCCCAGCCCCCUCCCAUCUGGUAGAAAAAAUCAUCUACCACAGCAAGUACAAGCCCAAGAGGUUAGGCAAUGACAUCGCCCUCAUGAAGCUGGCGGGGCCGGUCGCUUUCAACGAGAUGAUCCAACCAGUUUGUCUGCCCAACUCUGAAGAGAACUUUCCUGAUGGGAAAAUGUGCUGGACAUCAGGAUGGGGGGCCACGGAGGACGGAGGCGACGCCUCUCCGGUCCUCAACCACGCGGCCGUGCCUUUGCUCUCCAACAAGCUCUGCAACCACAGGGACGUGUACGGGGGCCUCAUCUCCCCGUCCAUGCUCUGUGCAGGCUACCUGAAAGGCGGGGUGGACAGCUGCCAGGGGGACAGCGGGGGGCCCCUGGUGUGUCAGGAGAGGACGGUGUGGAAGCUGGUGGGAGCCACAAGCUUUGGCAUCGGCUGCGCUGAGGCGAACAAGCCUGGGGUCUAUACCCGCAUCACAUCCUUCCUGGACUGGAUUCACGAGCAGAUGGAGAGGGACCUGAAAACGUGAAGACGAAGAGGCAUGUUCCCACCUUGAGUUCCUGCCAAGCUGGAGACCCCCCCUGUCCUUCCGUGGCUUCCUGUGUGGAAACUUCUGGCGGCGGAGCCAAAAGAACCCACAUCUCUCCGUUCCCCCACCUCCAGAACAGCUGUCUGCGAACAAGCCAGAGGGGCUUCGGAUCAAAAUGGCCCUGAACCUCCUUUCCCAUCUUCACUCAGAGAAGAAGCAGGAACGCCUCCCAAACGCUCCCUUUUCCCACCCGUCCACCUGGGUUUCCUCCCGGCAACGUGGACCCGUGGGAGGGCGGUCACCGUUGACGAGCUGUCUGCACGCUUUUGUCCAGACUCAGAACCUAACACUUCCUACCAGGAUCUCUUCUCACACGUGGGGACGGACCCUAAAGGGGAUUAUUGUCUUGAGGUUUAUUUCUAUUAUUUCUUUGUAGCCUCUGGCGCUUGAUGUGUCAUUGUCCUGUGCAACCGACGGACGUAACUCUUUCUUAGCACAGUCAUCACCUGCAGCUUGUCUGAAUCAGUCCUUUGAGGGGGGUCUUUUGGCCGCAGCCCCGGCAUGUGGAAGUUCCCAGGCUGGGGUUGAAUCCGCGCCACGGUGGUGACAACACUGAGUCCUGAACCGCUUGGUGGCUGGGAACUCCUGAAUGAAUCCUGACUACUUGCGUAAGCUUGAUUCAAAGGGCUCAAUUGUUUAGAUCUGUUUCAUAUCCACGGCGGCUUUCACAUUUCUUUUUUCAGUUCGAACAGACUUCUCAGCAGAUCAGAAUUAUCUCCUGUUCCGUCACCACGCUCAGAAGCGGAGUGAGAAAAGACAGUGCUGAGCUAAGUCAGGACCACUAAACCCGCACAGCUGUACUGAGGGCGGAGGGAGUAGACAGUUUCAUGUGGUUGAGAGGCCAGAGGCUGCCCUGCCUCUCUGGGUGGGCCCAUCUCCCACGCCGCUGCAGGAUUAGAGACCCCUCCUGUCACCCGCACACCCUCCGCAGUCCCCACAACACACACAUAACAGAGGAGCGUUACUCGGUAAAUAAUCCCUUUACAGCAGUGGUGCCUUAUCACGGAUGACGUCAUCUAAAUAGGAAUCUCUUCAUUUGCCUCGAGGCAACAGCGGGAAAGAUGGAUGAGUUUCCAGGAGAUCAGAAAUGGGUCCAGGUUCCUGGGGAGGGCGAGGCUCCAGGGAGCCUCCUGGGAUGGGUGUGAGAAGAGGGUGGAGGAGGACCAGGUGGGGGCCGAGCUAAGGGCAAACUCUCUUUGGAUGCACCUCUCUCAUGUAUCAGAUCUCUGGACACAUCGGAAAGUGACAAGACCAAAUUUAUUUGAAGGGUUUCUGCCUAGCUCUCUUUGAAAGCAGUGGCAGCUCCCCAAAACAGUCUUGAGAAAGAGGAACAAACCUGGAGGUAUCACUCCCCUGGUUUCAGACUAUCCUACAAAGCUAUGGUGAUCAAAACAGUGUGGUACUGGCACAAAAGCAGACACACAGAUCAGUGGAACAGACUAGAGAGCCCAGAAAUAAAUCCACACACUUAUGCAAGUGAUUAAUCCAAGACGAAGGAGGCAAGCAUACACAGUGGGGAAAAGACAGUCUUUUCAGCUGCAUGAAAAGAAUGAAACUGGACCGCUUUCUCACCCCAUACGCAAAAAUAAAUUCCACACGGAUUCAAGACUUGAAUGCAAGACCUGAAACCACAAAACUUGUGGGAGAAACAGAGGCAGUAAACUCUGACACUGUAUAUGAGUAUUUUGGGGGUCUGUCUCCUCAGGCACAGAGCACCAAAGGCAAAAACAAAGAGCCCUGCGUCAAACUAAAAAACAUUCUGCUUCGCAAAGGAAGCCAUUGACAAAACAAAAAGGCUGCCUACGGAUUGAGAGAAGGUAUUUGCAAACAUUAUGUCCAAUUAAGGGUUAAGACCCCGAAUAUAUAAAGAACUCAUAUGACUCAAUAGCAAAAACCCAAACAAUCUAAUUUAAAAAGUGGGUCGAGGGCCUGAAUAUUUUUUUCCAAAGAGGAAGUGCAGAUGGCCAACAGGUACAGGAAAAGAGGCUCAGCAUCCCUGAUGAUCAGGAGAAGGCAAAUCAAAACCACAAUGGAGAUACCACCUCGCGCCUGUCGGAAUAGCUAUCAUUGAAAAAGUGUUGGGGAGGGUGUGGAGAGAAGGGAGCCUUUGUGCACCGUUGGUGGGAGUGUAAAUUGGUGCAGCCACUAUGGAAAAUAGUGUGGAGGUUCCUCAAAAAAUUAAAAAGAGAAGGACCAAGUGACCCAGCAAUUCCACUUCUAGGUAUUUGCCCAACACCCCCCCAACUCAUUCAAAAAUAUACAUGUACGCCUCUGUUUAUUGCAACAUUACUUACCAUUAGCCAAACUGUGUGUGUCCAUCAGCAGAUGGAUAGAUAAAGAAGAUAUGUGGUGUAUACGUACACACACACACACACACACACACACACACACACACACAGCAUGAGCCUUGAUAUUAUACUAAGUGAAAUAAGUCAGAGAAAGACAAAUUCAGAAUAUGAAAGACAUCUUUCACUUGUAUGUGAAAUCUGACAAACAAAUGAACAAACAUCACAAAAGAGAAACAGACCCACAGAUACAGAGAACACGUGGGCAGUCGCCAGCGGAGAGCGGGUGAGGGUUGGGCAAAAUGACCGAAGGGGGCUAAAGGGAACACACUUCCAGUCCGGAAAUAAAUUAGCCAAGGGGGGUUAAUAUAUAGCACAAAUAGGGUCAAUAAUACAGUAAGAAGUUUGUACGGGGGACAGAUGGAAACGAGGUCCAGCCCACUGGUCCUUGUGGUGUGUUUAAAUGUCGAAUCUCCACGUCGUACACCUGAAAUGAGCAGAAUACUGUGCAUCAGCUGGACCCGUCAUUUCUUAGUCUAAAUAAACCGUAUGUUCAUUAAAAUUACUGUGCUAGAAAUAAAAUUAUAUUCCAACUUUUUUUUAAAAAAAGAAAGCAGUGGCAACUCAGGUGUUGAAGAUCCAGGUUGUGAAGAGAUGGAAAAAUUGCAUGGGUGCUAACUUGGUUGUGGACCCUUGACCUUGGGGUCACGGGAAAUGUACUUCUAGCCUGUGGUGGUUUCCAUCCGCUUGAACUGCCACGGAGGCUUGUUGGGACAUAGUUUCCGUCUCACAUCUUCGAGGGUCUUGGGGGAUGCCAGCGGUGGCUGAUGACUCAGCAUGUACCUGGUGCCGGCCCCGUUCUGAGCCCGUUUCACAGGCUUAUUGGUUCCUGGUCACCAGGGAUUAUUGUGAGUCCCAUUCUGCAGAUGAGAACACUGAGGUGUGAAAGUCAAAGACAUUCCCAAGACCACACGUUAGGCCAGUGGCCACAUCAUUUGAGCAGGCAUCAAAGCUGCACUGCAAAGCUACCUUCUCUGGCACUUGAAUCUAAAGGGACUUUGUGCCACCAACUUGAACCCAUCUGAGACACAGGAGUGACUCAAAGUCAUGAUCAAUUUCUCUGUCCUCUAGACAUGUCUGGUCCCAAGGGAGGUGCCAGAGCAGAAGCCGGAGAGAAGGCUGUGGCUUGAGCACCCCUAACCUGCAGCCCAGCCACUGCCAGAGGAACACACCGUGGAUAAUGUGGGCUGCCUCCCCUGGCGCCUCGGACCUGAAGAAGUGGCUGUGGGGCAUCCGUGUCAUGACGUAGCGAUUGAGGAAACCCACAGCCCCAUGCCCUGUGCCCACAUGUCCAGGGCAACUCCUGGGAAAUGGCUCUCUCUCUCUCCCUUCUUUCCGGUACUUCUGUAUUGAAACAGCUGUAUUUAAGCAUGUUUAUAAGAACUAUAGGGGACCUAACAAUAGUAUAGAAAGCUUGGAAGUAGAGUGUUGAAAAUGGGUCAACGCCUUGAAUACUGUCCUUGGCCACAGAAAUUGUCACUUGCCUCCCUGUCCUAGUAGGAGAAUUUCUAGCCUGGAACUGAGGGACCUGCUGAGGUCUGUUUCCUCCACUUGUCACUUGGGGAGACCGCCUGGGCUUCACAGGCAGAUGCCAGGAAGGUCUGGCUGUGGACCCCCCGCCCUUUCUCCCUGUCCCACAGCCUAGCCCAGGAGCCACCGCUGGUGGAAGAAGUCCCAGGUGUGGGCACAGCUGUACAGCCUCCACCACCCAAGGCCCCCAAACAGAAACCCCGGGGUUGGGAUAUGGGUGUGGGAAUUGAGCCCUGGUCUAAGGGGCAGAUGCCCCCUUCUGAUGGCCCAGCCUCCAGCAUCCAGGAGGCAAAGGGACGUGCCGGGAGUGACAAGAAAAAGCAAGUUUCUGCUGCAGAAUCUUAGAGGACAUUGGCUGCCAGUCAAUUAACGUAGACAAGGUAGUCCUUGGGGUGGGUUUUCUGCACAGCAUGAGGAAGAAAGCCUGGCUGGCUUGCUGCCUCUCAGUCACCUGGGACGCAGUGCCCUCUGUGUCUGGCCCAGCUGGGCACCAAGAACCGUGGUGGGUCUGUCUGCCCGGCUUGGGAGCAGCUUCUGGACACGUGCUGCCUCUGGCUCGUGCAUCUCGUCUGGGCUCCUAAACGGUCUGAAUUUCCCCUGAAACUCAUGGACCUGUAGAGGAAGGUCAUUCUUUGGGCUCCUGUAUUAUUGCUCUGUGUGUGUGUGUGUGUGUGUGUGUGUGUGUGUGUGUGUGUACACAUACACAGCGGUGCACUUACACGACCGUGAACUCAUCUGUUUCUGAGCCCAUGGGAGCCCCAAGGAUGGGCUGAUUCCUAUUCACCUGCGCGUUCGUUCCGGCGUCCAGCCCAGGACCUGGGGCGCCGACACAGCUCGUGACCAUGGGCGGCUGAAUGGUGACUAGAAAAUACACACGCCACCUCAGUGGAUGUCGCCCGUGCGUCCUUGUUUCAUGACGCGGCACAUGUUACGAAUGGAAAUAGAUGAAAUGAACCUAAUGAGAACAUGUGUCAUUUAAAGCUGUGACUUAUUAAAAAAAAAAACCCAUCUGUAUUUCUCCCCUUAAAAGCACAAAAUAGGCGUUCCUGCUGUGGUUCAGUGAGAUAAGAAUCUGAUGGCAGCAACUCAGGUUGCUGGGGAAGUGAGGGUUCGACCCCUGGUCCAGAGU